AUGGUUGGCUUCGUCACAGCGCAAACAGUGCGCCGCAGCUGGAUAAACCACCAGGAAAUUGCUCUCGUUGACGUCCGUGAGGAGGGACCAUAUUCCCUAUCCCACCCUUUAUUUGCCAUUAGUGUUCCGGUAUCCGAGCUUGAAGUCAAGCUACCCGCACUGGUUCCCCGUUUGUCGGCACCCAUUGUCGUUUACGAUGAUGGAGAGGGGUACGCACAGCGCGCCGUGUCCCGCAUCCUUGCCAUCGGAUAUCGCGACGUCGCGAUCCUAGAGGGUGGACUGUCCGCCUAUGCGCUCGUGGGCGAAGUCUACCGAGACGUCAACGUACCGUCCAAAGCGUUUGGCGAAUUGGUAGAGGCAAUCAAGCACACACCAUCGAUGCCAGCUGCCGAGGUCGACAAAGUCUUGAAAACCGAACAGGAUGUCGUUGUACUCGAUGCGCGACGCUUCUCCGAAUACCACACCAUGAGUAUUCCCCGCGGUGUGAGCUGUCCCGGAGGCGAGCUUGUGCAUCGGAUUUUCGAAGCUGCUCCGUCGCCCACCACCCAAGUCUUUGUCAACUGUGCCGGUCGCACGCGCAGCAUCUUGGGGACACAGAGCUUGGUCAACGCUGGAAUACCAAACAAGGUUGUUGCGGUUAGAAACGGCACCAUUGGCUGGUUGUUGGCAGGACUGGAGCUUGAACAGGGCAAAACCCUCCGAGUCUCCGAGCCAUCGCAGGAAUCGAGAAAAAGGGCUCGAGAGCAUGCUAUCGCUUGGAGUCACCACGUCGGUGUGUCUUUCAUCAACGUCAGCAAACUUGUUCAGCUUGUGACUGAGAGCGAAAAGAGAACUCUGCAUCUGCUAGAUGUGAGGACGCCAGAAGAGUAUGCUGCCCGUCACCCGCCGUUUUUCGAAUCUGCUCCCGGUGGCCAGCUAGUUCAGGCCACUGAUGAAUGGAUCGGAGUACGCGGUGCCCGGAUUGUUUUAUAUGACGACGAUGGCACUCGAGCGCCGAUGACGGCUAGCUGGCUGAAGCAGCUGGGGUGGGAGGUCUACGUCUUGGAGGAAUCUUCGACCAUCCCCGCAGAUUUACCUGCACCAGAGCGACCGCUUUGGAGCGUGCCUGAUUCUGGUCUCGUUACGGUCGACGACCUGCCCAAGCUGACGAAUAUUGUGGUGGUAGAUCUUGCCCGAAGCACGAGCUACCGCAAGGGCCAUAUUCCUGGUGCUUGGUACGCAUCUGGACCGGAGCUUUCUCGCGACCUGAAAACCAUUCAAAACAGUUCUGCUACCAUUGUUUUAACAUCGCCCGAUGGCAAGGUCGCAGCGGCAAAUCUGGCGCAUGCACGGAGUGCCGUCUCCCAAGAGGUUGUAUAUCUUGCUGGCGGAACAUUGGCUUGGGCGCAGAUCAAGGGCGCUUUGGAAACGAAAUGCCAAUGGUUGUCAGAACCCAUUGACGUGUACAAACGCCCCUACGAGGGAACAGAGAAUGCCCGCGGGGACAUGCAGGGCUAUCUGGACUGGGAGUAUGGGCUCGUUGCUCAGCUUGCCAAUGAUGGAGUGGCAUCGUUUCAUGUGGUACGAGAUGAGGCACCGACGCUGCAAAAGACACAAUAG